AUGUCACAGACCAGUGCGAGUGCAGACGCAAUUGCGGCGUGCCGCACGCAGCUCGAGUCGCAGCUCGAGAAGCUGCGUGCGAUGAACAGCGAGCAGGCCGCCGCCUCGGCGGUGCGCCCCGAAGUGGCCCUGCUCCAGAGUCUCACGGACCAGCUGGCGGAGCUGAGCGUCGAGCGCAGCAAGAAGAACGCGUCCAAGUUCACGCUCAAGACCCCGAAAGGCACGCGCGACUGGGACCCCUUGUCGAUGGCGCUGCGCAAGCACGUCUUUACCACCAUUGAGCGCAUCUUUGCGACGCACGGCGCCGUGACCAUCGACACGCCCGUGUUUGAGCUGAAAGAGAUCCUCUCGGGCAAGUACGGCGAGGACAGCAAGCUGAUCUACGACCUGCAGGACCAGGGCGGCGAGCUGUGCUCGCUGCGCUACGACCUCACGGUGCCCUUUGCGCGCUUCGUCGCGAUGAACCCCACCGAGUACGGCAGCAUCAAGCGCUACCACAUCGCUAAGGUGUACCGCCGCGACCAGCCGGCCAUGUCCAAGGGGCGCUUCCGCGAGUUCUACCAGUGCGAUCUAGACAUUGCCGGCACGUACGACGCAAUGGUGCCGGACGCCGAGUGCCUGUGCGUCGUCACCGAGGCGCUGGACGCGCUCGGCAUCGAGGGCUUUACGAUCAAGGUGAACCACCGCAAACUCCUCGACGCCAUCUUUGCGAUCUGCGGCGUGCCCGAGGACAAGAUCCGGUCCAUCUCGAGCGCCGUCGACAAGCUCGACAAGAGCCCAUGGAGCGAGGUGCGCCGCGAGAUGGUCGAGGACAAGAACCUCGCUGAAACGUCGGCGGACCAGAUCGGCGAGUACGUCCAACUGCACGGCGGCCGCGACCUGCUCGCCAAGCUCCAGCAGGACGCCAAGCUCACGCAAAACCCACGCGCUGUCGAGGGCCUCCAGGACAUGGAGCUCCUCUUCCAGUACCUCGACGUAUACAAGGUAAUGGACCGCAUCUCGUUCGACCUGUCGCUUGCGCGCGGCCUUGACUACUACACCGGUCUCAUCUACGAGGUGGUGACUGCCGCGAGCGCCCCGCCGGGCUUCAAGGAGGGCGAGGCCCCGGUCAAGUCCAAGAAGAAGAAGGACGACGACGAGAUCGACGAGAGCACCGUGGGCGUCGGCUCGAUCGCCGCGGGCGGCCGCUACGACAACCUCGUCGGGAUGUUUAGCAACUCCAAGAAGCCGGACGCGGUGCCGUGUGUGGGUAUCUCGAUCGGUGUCGAGCGUGUCUUUUCCAUCCUGAUGCAGCGCAUCAAGGAGGCGCAGGCCAAGGGCGAGCGCACCGCGGUGCGCCAAAAGGAGGUCGAAGUAUUUGUCAUGAGCAUGGGCGACGGCCUCCUUCUCGAGCGCAUGCAGGUGUGCAAGAUGCUGUGGGACAAUGGUAUCAAGGCCGAGUUCCUCUACAAGAAAAAGCCCAAGCUCCAGGCGCAGUUUGCCGUCGUCGACAAGGAGCAGGUGCCGUUUGCGGUGCUCCUCGCGCCGGGCGAGUGGGGCGAGGGCAAGGUGCGCGUCAAGCAGCAGCUCGGCAAGGAAGAGGGCGGUAACGACAAGGGCGAAGAAGUGCCGCUCGCCGACCUCUGCCGCUACCUGAAGGAGAAGCGGGAUGCGUAG